AUGGUGAACACAAUUGCGGAACUUUCUGAGUGGCUUCAAGAGCACAACUGGGUGACAGUUCUUCUUAUAUUACUUGGAGCACUUCCGGUCCUCAUUCUCGCACUGCUCAAACUACUUGGAUAUCGCCGCGACGUUGAUCACUUUUUCAUAGUAUUCAGUUUCGUACUAUGGAACUGGCAAACAGAAGGCAUUGAAUAUUUCUACCGGGGUUUGCUUCAUACUCGCCAUGAUGCUAGCUAUUUUCUUGACAGUGAAUAG